UGCACUCAAAUUCCUGGCCGUAGAUUCCGUUGGGGUAGUUAUAAAUGCCAGUGUCGACAGGGCUUUGAAUAUCCGUUGAACGAUCUGGUAUGGUUUUUCGAUGGUGAGACUAUGGAGCGUGAGUUUUUAUUGAAGCGAGACGGCAAAUCUAAUCGGUUUGAUAUGCUUCGUUGUCGACAAGGCCUUGCUUCCUCAAUCUAUGCUCCCCCACUGGCCUGGUUCCUCGCUUUGGCGGGGUUAAUUCAAACAAUCAUAAAGCUGGCGUAG